AUGAGUAAUCAAAUUAUUUAUAAAUUACACUAUACCAAUAGUCUAGGAAAAACCUUCUAUAUUGACGACCAAGGCGGAGUUUAUGAAAUUAAUGAUCUAAACUGCUCCGUCCUAAUUGGCCAUUUAACCGAUAUAAGCUUAAUGGACUCGAUAGGAACUUUAAUCUUAAACUCCUAUCAAGUUGAAGUUUUAACUUCUAGUCCUACAAAACGACAUGUGUGCAUUUUCUGCGAAAAAGCAUUUCAGUCUCCGAGCGCGUUAAGAACCCAUAAAAACUCUCAUACUAGGGAAAAACAAUAUAGAUGUGAGGUUGAAGAAUGCGGAAAAAUUUACACGACAAACAGUAAUCUCCUUCGUCACAAAAAAAAACAUAAUCAGAGAGGAUAA